AUGUCUGACGUUGUUGAUUCGGUCUCGGAAUCUAACCUCAAGUCGAGCUUGCCUCCAAGGAAGAGGGCAAAAACCAAGGAAGAAAAGGAACAACGCAGAGUAGAGAGAAUUCUCAGGAACAGACGUGCAGCUCAUGCUUCUCGUGAAAAGAAAAGGAAGCACGUGGAGUACUUGGAAAGUUACGUCGUCAAGUUGGAGCAAAACCUUUUCAAGCUUCAGUCAAACUUGGAUAGAAUCAUGCCACUUUGUGACGAAUCCAAGCUUCAGAGCGUUGAAAUAAAUGAAAUCGAGAACUUGCUGGAUUUGAAAGAGAAAAUACAUGCAAAUCUCAGCAGCACUACUUUUGGCUCCGAUGAUAAUGAGAAUUCUCGGUCAGCUUCUGCUGAUGUGGAACCUCCAUUCAAAAAACAAAGAGUGUAUUCUGAAGGAGAUGAGCACGAGGCUGCAGAGGAUGAUGCCUCAGGCUACGAUUCUCCUGUCAAAUCUGAACACUCUGAGUCCAACGAUAAGGAAUUGUUGUCGGUCAACAAGGGCGAUAAUUCUUACUUCAACUACUUAUCGCCCAUUUCCAUUAAUUCCCCAAUCAACAGCCCUAUCGAUUUGACCUUACAAAAAUCGGAUUCCAAUAUGCCAUCAUUCUCUUUGGAUGAUCCAAGUCACCAGAAUGAAUCGUCGAUAUCCCCGGUGUCCACUCCGGUAAGUCAUGAACCUGAAACUUCUACUUUUGAUGUUAUGGGACAAAAUCCAGAAGAGAUUUUGUAUCCUAAGUUGUACGAUCUGGUAUCGUUAGCUGUGGAGUGA